CUUAAUGUUAUUUACUUGUGCAAAAUUAAGCACCAUCUUUUGCAAUUUCAAAUUUCAUUGGGUUUCUCAUUAGUAUUUACUAAUAUCUUGUUGUACAGAGUCGUGAUUUCAAAUUCUAUGUUAUGUUCUGUUAAAAGUUCAUUUCCAGAAAUUUGAUCAAGAACAAAAAGGUAAACAGAUAAAAGAAACCAAAGGAAAAAGUUCCCAAAGUGAUAAACUGAGAAACAAUGGCUACCGCACUCUGUACUUUGAUUCUUCCCAAAGUUGUUCAAUCCAACCGAGGAAUAUCAAGAACUCGUGCUGUCCUAACGAGGGAUGCCAAAAUGAAGGUUCCAUAUGAAGUGAAGCAGGGACAAUCUCGUCUUUUUCACAAGCUUCCCUCUGGUCUAAACAUGGAGGUUCUCUUCCAAAAGGGACUUCAACCAGAUGAAGAGGAAAAGAGAACAUGUACUGAAAACCCACCAUUAGUGUUUGUACAUGGAAGCUUUCAUGCAGCUUGGUGCUGGGCUGAACACUGGCUUCCCUUCUUUUCUCAAAAUGGAUAUGACUGUUAUGCUCUCAGCUUGCUUGGCCAGGGAGAAACUGAUUCACCUGCUGCUGCAGUUGCAGGUACCCUCCAGACACAUGCAAGUGAUAUUGCUGACUUCAUCGACAAAGAGAUCAAGUUUCCACCAGUAUUGCUUGGACAUUCAUUUGGGGGGCUUAUUGUUCAGUAUUACAUUGCAAAUACUAGAGAAGCAUUAAAAGGUUCUGAUUCAGAAAAGAAAAGUUUAUUCCCCAAUCUUUCUGGAGCGGCACUUGUUUGCUCGGUACCCCCUUCGGGUAAUAGUGGGUUAGUAUGGCGAUAUCUAUUCUCCAAGCCUCUUGCUGCUUUCAAGGUAACUCGGAGCCUGGCAGCCAAAGCUUUUCAAACAUCUUUACCUCUUUGUAAAGAAACAUUUUUUUCAGAAGCAAUGGAGGAUCAGCUGGUUGCACGCUACCAACAGCUAAUGACUGAAAGCUCAAGGAUGCCUUUGUUUGAUCUAAGAAAGCUCAAUGCAUCUCUUCCUGUCCCUCGACUCGAGGAUCCUGCAUUUAAAGUAUUCAUAGUGGGAGCAAAGGAUGAUUUCAUUGUGGACAUAGAAGGACUCGAUGAAACAGGAAGAUUCUAUGGCGUGCCAACCGUCUGUAUUGAUGGGGUUGCUCAUGAUAUAAUGAUAGAUUGCUCAUGGAGGAAGGGUGCACAAUCGAUCCUAUCAUGGUUAAACGACUUAAAAUAAAGCUGGGACACAAAUUUGAACGAAAAUUUGUCUCCUGUGUCUGUUAGUGUCCUAAUUUUCUUGACUAGUUGAGAAUCACUUCUAUGGCCUUUGAUUCAAUCGAGAUGUGAACAAUUAAGAGGUUUAGAAUGGGAUUGUAUUUGUAAUCUUAUUGCUUUUGGAGAUCUGUAGGAUGGAUAUAGAUAAAAGUCAAGAAACUAACAAAACAGAAUCAGUAUGUUCAGACGUUCAGUAACAUGAAUAUUUUUGUUAGGAUA